AUGGUGUUAGAUAUUAGACAGUUCAUUAACAUAGCAGGGGUAUUAAAAGAUUUGAAGAGUUUCAAUUUUAGUGUAUAUGGGAAAUGGUUUGGAUACAUCAAUAUUAUCCUAUGCAUUGCUUUAGGUGUUGCCAAUCUUUUCCAUAUCAACGGUGUCAUUGCAUUUGGUAUAGUAAGUAUCAUUCAAGGACUAAUCAUAUUAUUUAUUGAGAUCCCAUUCUUAUUAAAAAUAUGUCCCUUGAGUGAUAAUUUUAUUGAAUUUAUCUCUAAAUUUGAAACAAAUGGAUAUCGUGCAUUAUUUUAUUUGGGUAUGGCAAUCAUCCAAUAUUGUUCAUCAAUAUUAAUGAUUACUAGCCUACUUGUCGUAGCCAUUGGUUUAACUAUUUCAGCUGCUUCAUAUGCUGUAGCAUAUGCCAAACAUCAAGAAUUCCAAAAUACUAAUAUCAUUAAAGAUCCAACUGAUCCUACUUUCCCACAUGAAGCUGUUAUAAGAGAAAUGGUAUAA